AUGUUGGGCGCUUUCCGCCGAAACGGCGUUGCCCAUGCGCUGCGCGCUUCUGCUCCACGAUUUCUUUCGGCCAGAGUGACACCCCAGCAGCUACAAUGGCAUCCACCGGCCUUUUCUGCAGUCUCACAUGUUCACCGCUCGCUUUUUCAUGCAUCUCCAAUCUCUUUCUCUGCCGUUGCCGAAGCUCAGGCCGAGAAUGCUGAGGCCGACCAGGAUGGUCGCCUGUCCAAUUUCAAGCAGCUGGCGGAUCAAGGCUUGGUCGACCCCAUCAUUAUUCGCACCAUUAACAAGAACAUGGGCAUCAAGACGAUGACGGAGGUCCAGAGCAUGACAAUCCAGGAAACUCUGCAAGGGAACGAUGUGUUGGCGCAAGCAAAGACUGGAACUGGAAAAACGCUUGCCUUCCUCCUACCUGUGGUGCAAAACAUCAUCAAGGAUCCCACUGUCAAAAAACGUUCUUACAGGCGUUCAGGCCCAGGAGCUACGUCGGCAGAUAUCCGUGCCAUCAUAAUCUCCCCAACCCGUGAGCUUGCGGAGCAGAUCGCUACAGAAGCGAAAAAGAUAGCGUCUGGUACUGGGAUUGUGGUGCAAUCGGCCGUCGGUGGCACUCGUAAGAUGGAAGGCCUGCGUCGGAUCCAGAGAGAGGGCUGUCACUUGUUGGUUGGUACACCCGGCCGACUCAAGGAUAUUCUCUCCGACCCAGAGAGUGGGGUCGAGGCCCCUAAGUUGUCUAGCUUUGUUCUCGACGAGGCAGAUCGCUUGCUGGAUGAUGGUUUCGCUCCUGAGAUUUUCGAAAUUCAACGCCUACUUCCUGACCCGAUGAAAGUCGACCGUCAGACGCUCAUGUUCUCAGCUACUGUCCCGAAGGAAGUCAUGUCCAUGGUUCACCAAUCUAUGAAACCUGAUUUCAAAACUAUCCAAACUGUCAAGGAGGAUGAAGUGCCUACUCAUUUCGCAGUUCCUCAGAAGAUUGUUACGCUCGAUGGCUUCCAGAAUUCUUUGCCCGCCAUUCUCGAGUUGGCUAAGAAUUAUCAAGCACACGUGGCUAAUGACCGCAGUGCUCGACCUUUCAAGGCCAUUGUCUACUUUAACUCCACCAUGCAAGUGAAUUUGGCCUACCAAGUCUUUAGCAAGUUGCUCAACAACCCCGACGACCGCCGGAGUGGCCACCCUUUGAACAAGAUGUACAUGAUGGAGCUCCACUCGCGUCUGACCCAAAACCGCAGAACGCUUACUUCCGAAUUUUUCCGGAACAGCCGCUCUGGUAUCCUCUUCUCGUCCGACGUAACGGCGAGAGGCUUGGAUUUCCCAGACGUUACUCAUGUCAUCCAGGUUGGAGCCCCUCGUUCCCGUGACACCUACAUCCACCGUAUCGGACGUACUGGGCGAGCAAACAAGGAAGGCGAGGGUUGGCUCCUCCUCCAUCCUGGUGAAAACGGUUGGAUCCAGAAAAGGUUGGGCGACCUUCCUAUCGAGAAAGAUCACACGCUGGCCACGGCUGUCACGAACAUGCGCGAGGAAGUGGGCGAUGAUGUUUCCCCGUCCGCUGCGGAGUCUGUGGCGCAAGUCAAGGCUGCUAUGCAGAAGGUGCCCGAAGACAUCCGGGAACAGGCAUUUAAGUCUCAAUUGGGAACUCUGAUGGCAGUCUUCUCCCGUCCGAGAGAUAUGGUUCUCGCCAUGAACGAGCUCGCCGUGCAUGGGUAUUACCUGCCUGAGCCUCCAUCCAUCUCGCCUGGAAUGGCCCAAAACCUGGGCGUGGCCGACGUAAGGGAGGCAAAUGUUUCGGGACGUCGUUUUGGCUCUCCUAGAGGUCAGCGUGGUCCCUCUCGUGGCCCUUCUCGCGGCCCCAGCCAAUUCAGGGGUGGCCGUGAUCAUCGCGAAGGCAACCAAGAGCGCAGCUACGACUCUCGCCGCCGUGGUUCUAACCGCUGGGACAACAGAGACCGCUAUUAA